AUGGUCGAGAUUCAGAGUCAACUUGCGUGGGGAGAACGCCUCAAAGUGAACAAGCUGGGAGAAUACAUGGCACCAAACAGUGUGGCUGCAGCGUAUUUUCGAUUCAACGUGAGGACAUGUUGGACGGUCAACCCGACGUUGUACCACGCACUCGACCAGUUAGACCAAACGUUCAAGGUGAAGAUCACGCACCAACAGGCCGCCGCAAUGUUUGCGAGUGAAAAGGAAAAGUCGCGUUCCUGGAACCAGCAUCUCUCAUACCUGAUCGCAUUGUGUCAAGAAAGCGAGUCACACGAACGACUCGUCGUGGAGAAUAUCGUUAAGUACACUGCGCCGCACCUCAAAAUUGCGAUGAUGGUGCGAUACCAGCCGAGUCGUACGGACUACCUCACACACGCUUAA